AUGGAAACUUGCAACAAGGAGGACAAGAUCCAGAAGAAGGCUGAUAAGAUGUUCUUCGACCGGGACAAAAUAAGGUGGGUGAGCUGGGACUCAGGCAUCGACAGCGUCAAGGCUGUGGCUGGAGAGGAGGCGCUGAACCGUACGCUCACUAAGAAGAAGGAGAGCGACCCGGAUGAGAGGACCCCGGUGAAGAUUCACUAUCCGACGACCAAGUCGCGGGUUUUCUGCACCGUGGACUGA